AUGUCUACUUCUACUGGAAAAACAAUUUCACUUCCUACAAUCAAUGAAGUUGAAGGAUAUAAGACAACGGAGGAUCUGAUAAAUUUUUUACGCGACCAAGAUAUAGGACUUGAGGAUAAGCAUUUCAAUAUUCUUCGUGAACAAGAAAUUGAUGGCUCAGCCUUCCUCAGGUUGAAUGCGGAUAAGCUCAUGAAUUAUGCUACGACUGCAUUAAAUCAGAAGGUGCAAGAAUUGAGAGAAAGGCUAGCAAUAUUACAGGCGUCUAAGGUUAAAGAGGAAGUUCCUAUAUACUUUCGAUACUAUGAUUCAGAAAUAAUAAGUCUUAGUUCCGAAGAUUGGAAGAAUUUUAUACAAUUAUAUGCUCAUUUAGAAAAAGCCUUCGAUCUCAAGGGCUCGUUGACUGCUUAUAAGUUUUCUAUUAGCGAUAAGCUCAUAGAUCUUAGCUGGUCUAAAAGUGUCUUUAUCGAUUUUAUCGAAAAACAUAAAUGUUCGUUUAAUAAUCCAAUUAUAAUUUCAGGAAAAAAGAAAGCACCAUCAAAACUUGGGGAACCUGAGGAAUGGUACAAACGACAGAAAACUACUGCUGUUGAUGCUAUUUGUCUUAACCACUGUCCACCAACAGCUUCUAGCUCCAUACCUAUUAGCUUGCUUUGUUCUAUUUUUGGAAAAUUUAAGGAUUUAUGUGAUGAAUUUUCAGAAAGUGAAGACAACCUUUUCGCUCAUGAUUUUUGUUUCGAAAUGGCAAAAUGUUAUAAUUACGAAUCGGAGCGUCAAAAUAAGGCAAACGAUAUGCUAUCUAAAUAUCUUAAACGCCCUGUACAACCAAUUGUGACUGAAAAUAAUCACCGUACUGAUGGUACUAUGUGUUAUAUUCAAGGUUCGAAUGUAUAUCACGAGGCUAAUGUAAAAUACAAAAAGUAUAACUGUAGCUCCAAUGCCUGUCCUUAUCUUGAAAAUUGUGGAUAUUUUCUAGCUUUUUGCGGAGAAAAAGAAAAUCAUCCCACCUACCAUGUGACUAAUUUUCCAUGCUUUUUAAUCAUAAUUUCUGGACCUUACUUUUCUGUUUCCGGCGCUGUGUUUGCAGAUGUUGCUAUAAUUGACCCGCUCACCCCAGUCUUUCCUCUUAUUUGGCAAAAAUAUGACGAAGCGAUGAUGGUAUCAAUUGCCAAAACAUUUCGUGCUUUGAAGAUAUCUCUCCAACUUCUCGAUCGAUAUUAUGCUAAUGUUGAUAAAUUAAUCCAAGACGAACCUCAAACUGGCCAUCCCGUACAUCCUUCAUUUCCGGAAGUGAUUAUAGACGAUAAAUCUUACAUGGUUCAGAUUAAUUUCCAAGUCAGCACAAAUCUUCUUUGGGAAGUUACACUUUUAAAUGAACAAGGGCCUCAUAUUACAGCCUAUGUGAAAGCUGUUCAAAAACAUCGAUAUUCACUUGAUACACAUGAGCUCUUAGCUAAAGUUGGAUACGCGCCAAAAGUCUUUACCACUUCAGUAAUUCCCGGAAAUUGGAUUUUGAUUUAUAUGGAAUGCCUGAAUAAUCAUUCAAUACUAAAUCACAUUACUUCUAACCUUGAUGAUCAAGAACGAAGUUCUUUGGGAAAAAAAAUAAAAGGGGUAGUCGAACAUUUGCAUAAUUUAGGAUACGUUCACGGAGACUUGCGUGAAGGGAAUAUUAUGGUUCAUCGACUUGGAGGUAACGAAUUUGAUGUGAAAUUGAUCGAUUUUGAAUGGUCAGGAAAGGUUGGUUCUGCAUGUUAUUCUCCCUUUAUGAAUCGUAAAACUAUUAAAUGGCCUGAUGGUGCGGAAGAUUGGAAAUUGGUCACAAAAAACCACGAUCUUUUUAUGUUAGAGCAGACUCUUUGGGAAAAAAGAUUGUUAUAA